AUGACAUCGAUUCGCCGCAAAUGGCAUGUCAAGUCUCGAAAUGGCUGCGACACUUGCAAGAUGAGGAAAAUCAAGUGCGAUGAGCUUCACCCCGAAUGCUGGAACUGCAUAAAAAAGGGUCUAAGAUGCAAUUUCAAGCCAUUGCGGCCAAUGGCAGUUAAAGAGCCACCAGAUAUCGAGCUUGAGCACCUCGAGCAUCUCGAGCUCCUACACCACUUUACCAUUUCCACUGCUUCGACACUUGCAAACGAGUCCGAAAUCCGUGAUCUGUGGCGCGUAUGGGUGCCGCAAAUCGCAUUGUCCGUCCGUUAUGUCCUUGAAGGCAUACUUGCGCUUGCGGCUCUACACAAGGCUCGUUACAAUCCCGAAAGAAGAGAGAGCCUUGAAGCUCGAGCUAUGGAAUACCACAACGCUUCGCUGGCAAGGGCUCUGCCGCUGGUAACUCAUCCAAACCGGCACAACGGUGCCCAUCUCUUCCUGUUUGGUGUCUUGACACUCCUAUUCAGCCUUGCCAAGCCGCGCACGGCCGAUGACAUCUUUCUUGUCGGCAGUGGCGUCGUACCUGAAUGGCUCUAUCUCCUCCGCGGAAUCGACACAGUCAUCGAGGCCGAGAGCGCAAUUGAAGCGUCCCCCAUCUCACUUAUUUUUCGCGCAACCAACCCGAGCUUUGAGUAUUGGCGAUCCCACGAGCCCGUGGAACAUGGUGCCCUUACCGCCUUGAAGGCCAAUAUCCGUGCUCGUGCGCAAGCCUCGAACCAAAAGACCCUGCUGGAUGCAGUGGAAGCUCUGCAAAGAAGCUUCACCAUUCGUUCCAGAGAUACUCUGCAGUUUCAACACAAGAUGCGCGGGUUCUACACCUGGUUGUACGACAUUAGUGAUGAAUAUCUGAAGCUGCUGCGGCAAGGAGACUGCGAGGCCUUGUGUGUGCUCGCUUUCUAUUCUGUGCUCCUCAAGGACCUGGAACGGCACUGGUGGCUCGAAGGAUGGGCUGUGCAUUUGCUGCAGCGUAUUUAUUUGUUACUCGACGAGGAACAUCAGUUAUGGAUUCGGUGGCCGGUUGAGGAGGUAGGUUGGGUUCCGCCUUGUGUUCCAAGUGUUAGCUACCAGACAUGA